AUGUCUGGACGCGGCAAGAGGAAGGCAAAGCCCUGGUCUUCAAGAUCCCAGUCAAAGAGGGCUGGCUUGCAAUUCCCCGUGAGCCGUGUCCAUCGGUACCUGAAGAAGGGGCACUAUGCCGUGAGAAUAAGCCCCAGUGCUGCAGUCUACCUGGCCUCUGUGCUACAGUACCUGAGUGCCGAAGUGCUGGAAGCAGCAGGGUACGUGACCCAGGCAAAGGGCUACCACCGCAUCAUGCCAAGGCACAUCCUGCUGGGCAUUAAGUGUGACGACGAACUGCAUAAACUCUUCAACCAGGUGACUAUUCCACAAGGAGGUGUCCCGCCCAGAAUUGAGAAGCCGCUUCUGAUCAAGAAACCCAACAAAAAGUCUGCAAGUAGAAAGAGAGCUUCCCCCUGCUAGCUCCCCUCCAGCUGCAGCUGAGCCUUGCAAUGAGGGGUGAGGUCUGGCUCACCGAGACUGGGUUCUCUGCUACAGGCUUCACUUGGUGCACUUGGUUUGUGUAUUGCUGCUAAAGAAUAUUUAUUCAGACUGGUGAUUUGUAUACGCUUUUUGGUGUAUGAAAUACAGGUUUAUUAGACUAUCUGGCUCUUGUGAUUCCUAUUUAUGCAGUAGAUUGUAAUAAGGAAUCCAGCUCUGGUUUGUAUGAUUUAGAGAAAAAUGGUCUUCUGCACUGGUCUAGUGUCUUAGCCACAGGAGAUGUGGUUUUAGUCCUGAUUCUGAUACAGGCAGAGCAGUCCCUUGGGUACUGCAAAUUGGGGUGACUGCUCUGGGCCCCCUGUUUUGGGGGGGGCCCCAUGGGCCACCAGUGUGAUUGGUCCCAGAAGUGACAAAUUAUCAUUUCUGCCCUGGAUCCCACACCUCCCUAGGUAUGGCCUGGAUACUGGCUUCAUUGUGUUAUCUUGAACGAGUCAUUUAGGCCCAGAUCCUCAAAGGCAUUUAGGCGCCUCCCUCCCUUGAGGAUCUGGGCCUUAGUUCCUCCCCCAUAAAGUAGGGAUAAUUCUUCUUUUUUUUUGUCUACUUAGAUAAGUGCCUUGUACAAUGGGGCCCUAAUCUCAAUUGCUCCCAUAAUACAACCACUAAUAGGAUUUGGAGGAAGGGAGGCCCUUGCAGAAAACUGGUAUUUCCACAAUCCUACAGCAGGGGAGCAGUGAGAAGGGCAGUCCUGAUGCAAGGCAGGCAGAGAACAGAAAUGCCUUAUGUGAGAGGCGUCAUGGUGGUCUUACCCCCGCAACUAAUGACAUCAAUGUGCUACCCCAAACCUAGGGGAGAAUGUUCAACUGGCCCAGAACUAGGCACAACUCCUAUGUCCCCAGUGUCGAGACUGAACCAUGUGGUUACUGCCUUAGGGGAGUCUGGUGUGAGACUAGGUUGUCUCCUCACUGCCUUGUCCUAAGCAUGUACAGAGGGUGUAUUAUCACUACCUGUUCAGUCUGCUGUAUUCAAGUAUCAUGACUACCUCCAAACUGGACUGGAUCUGACCUUACCCAAGUACUGAAAUAUCUGUGUGCUCCUCUUUCCAGCUGGACCUAGUGUAGCCAUUUAUUUAUUCAUUAUUCCCCCACUCUUCCCUUCUCCUUCAAUUUCUUCAUUUCAUGCUCACUUCUGCUCUGGCCCCAGACUCUGACCUCCUUCCACAGUGCUCUCUGCUUUAUUUCAACACUCUUUCCCUGCCCUCCUGCUCCUCCUCCUUCUCUCCCCCUUCCACCUAGUGCUGAUCUGAAAGAAAUCGAGGACGGUUCUUUUCUUCCUGUCACAUACACAGUGAUUCCAAUAGGUUGGACAGGAAGGGGACUCUACCUGAAUCAGGAAAGGAGGUGAACCUGGCUCCCCCAAGCCAGGGAGAGGACAAGGAACUCUUCCUCAGUUCUCCCCCCUUACUUUAACAAGUGCGUGUACACUUAAAAUCUGCCUCUUCCUUCCCAGUCAUCACUUCUUCCUUACAUUUUACUACCCCUUUGAUCUGUGCAUGGAGAAGGCUCCCUCUUUUCUCUCCUGUAGACCACUAAGACCCUAAUGUGCAAGGCUGCCACCCUCAGUCACCAAGGGCUGGUCUAGUGUCUGGCUGGCAGCCAGUCUUCCAAAUAAAUAUCAUCCCAUGGAGAUACUAUAUGUUGAAGAAUGAAUAGCAAUGAAGCAAACCAACUGGAUUUAUUCUUUUACAAAUCUAGGUAGGUCUUGAUAAGCUGACUUGGGCCAUUGCCUUAGGUCAAGUGUAGUAUGAAUUUAUUCCACUCCUUGCUGGGAGGAGGGAUACCUCUAUUCUGACUCAGAGGUGGAGAUCCAGAUAGGAGGUGUUCCUUGUAUGGAGGCAUGUCCUAAUGCUGAGGCAUUUAAGUUAAAGCUUAUGGGAAAUAAUGGAGGGAUGAGGCAAUCUACUAGUCUGACAAAAUUUCUAGGCUGCACUGUAGAAACCUCCUUCGUGAGUGUCUCUUAAACAAAAAGUAUACCUGCGACUAGAGUCUCGAGAAGGGCACAACCUUUGGCUAGGCACUAUUAAUUUUGCUGAUGUGAUGCAAAGGGGGAUGGUGCUGUAACUUGUAUGUAUGACAACAAUGCCUUUACAGUAUUGGCAACCCCAAGCAUGCAAAAAUCAUGCUUUAGGGUCCCCCCGCCCCUGCCCAAAGUCAUGCAUGCCUUUUUAAAAAAUAAAAGAAAUCAUGAAACUGUUUUGCUUGCUUGCUUUGUUCUUCUGGUUUUUAGCCUUUAGGGGGCACUUGAGUAACCUCUUCAAUCUUUUCUAUCUAACUGAGAGGGCUAGAAACCACUUGGUAAGGGAACUCCCAUCUUUUCAUGUGCUGUGUAUUUAUUCCCGCCUACUGU